UUAUUUGCGUGCGCGUUCUUCGUCAUUCGGUUGCAUUUUUAUUUGGUGUAUUAUUUGUGAAAGAUUAUUAAAAAAAGCUAUUUAAAUAUUAAGAAGAAUGGGUACAGAAAAUGUCUUUGGGGAAUCGGCGGGCAUAUAUUUCGUUGUUGAUGGUGAUUUAACCAUGGGGAAUGAAGUUGAGACUUCACUGCAGCAAAGCCAAGCCACUGAAGCUUCACGUGAAAAAGAAAAUUUGAAAGACGUCGUAUGUGGUAAAAUGAACUUCAGUGAAGAAGUUUAUCAAAGAAUUCUCGGUAAGUUCUUUGAGAAUCUGCGAGGAACCAUAUGCAUAUUUAUGUUAUUGACAGAUUGCGGAAUGGAUGUAGAAAGUCUGUAUUUCAUCAACGAUGGGGACAUAAAUGAACUUUUCCCUGCAUCAAUGCUCGGAACGAGAGUAAAGUUUAAAGAAAGAGUUGCACGUUGGCGACAGAAUGAAGCUGAUACCAUUUCGUCAAUAGGAUCAUGCAAGAGUUGGAUAAAUUCUAGCCAAGAGUCUCACGACUCGAUAAGAGACAUGGAAGCAAAGAAUUUAAAGUUAAUACUUAAUGCCACUGAAAGAGGUCAAAGCAUCUUUAAACAAUAUAGAGAAAAGACCGUGCUGUCAGAUGUUAGUCGUGACAUUUUGGUAAAUACCAUUGUUGACCACUUCUCAGCGCGAUCAGUGCCUAUGACAAUGAAAGAUAUCAUCACCUUUUCUGAGCAAAUAACAAUUUUAUUUCCCAACGAAGACAUGCGCUAUUACUGCAACCGUCGAAAUGGCAAAAAUCCAACAGGCAAACUUUAUGAUAAGGCAACAAACAUCCGAAGGAAAAUAAAAAAAGAAACAGGAGCACUAAGCGUUGCACCUAAAUGUCAACCCACUCAAUCAAGUUUGUCGGAGCAGGCGAGCAAUACAGAUGAAAAUGACUUAGCCAUGAAAAAUUUGCUUUGUCAUAAUGUAGAGCCUUGGGGCGAUGUUGUAGAAAAAUGGACGAACACAGUCAAAUUAAGAACCGCAGAGAUUUUAAAUGAACACGCAAAUAUUUUAACUAAUUGGCCGCUGCUGAAACACAGUCUUGGAUACACUUUGGUUGAAAUUGAUUUUGAAGCGAAAUUUCCCAACUGUUCGCAGAAUUUGCUAAACGAAUGGCCAAAAUUUAGAAAGUCAAUUAUACCUUACAUGAAGACAAAAAUAAGAGAUGCAACAUCCAUUGAUAUGCUAAAAAAAAUUGACGAAAACAUCAGUACUGACUCAAUGGAUUGUUUAUUGACACUGCUUUUGCAUGCGAUACUUAAACCGUCAUUAAUUUCCGUUGGACAAACUUCUGGUGAAAAACGGCUUAAAUGGAAGCCAUCAAUAUGUGAUGCGCAGGCAGUGACAUUGCUGCAUUGCAGCAGCAUAAACGAUUAUCAGAGGAUGUACCACGAAUUAAAGAUUAAGUUAAAUCAAAAGAAUCUUCCUCUUCAGCCGCUACUAUUGGUAGUCGGAGAGAAACUAACUCAGUUAGACUCUUUUUACGUUAUUUUCGACAGUAUAAUUUACAAGGUACCGACAUUUUUAAAAUCACUUGAUACUUUAUUUAAAAUCUUUCAUGUAUUAAAUUUGGAAUAUCCGAUACAAGCGAAAUCCAUAUAUAAUUUUAUCGAAUCCUACUUUUUUGGCAUUGCGGAUUGUGCACACCCUAAUGUUAUUACACUUAAGAAUUAUUUAAAAGAUACUCAAAACUUGUUGGAGUAGAUUGAUAAAAUGUUCAAAUGCUUUAUAUGUAACGAAAGGUCUUCUACAUCAAAAUUGUUAGUUGACCAUUUGAAAUCUUUCCAUGUUUUUGCUGAGAUAAAAAAUUUUGUUUGCACUUUCUCUAAAUGUGGUCAAUGUUUUUCAAACGUGUAUAGUUUUCAAAAUCACCUACGUAGAGUUCAUGCGUCGUUGCCAAGUACACCUGCUGUAUCUUAUCAUGCACCUGUUUUUGUUAGGCCUAAUAUUACUAAAGGGCAGACUAAUAAAUUAAGUUCUAAUUUUAAUAAUACAACGCAAAAAAAAUUUAAUAUGAAUAUGUUUGUAUUGUCUCUACAUAACAAAA